GGAGCCGUGAGGCUGCCUUCGGGCCGGGCAGGGCCGUGCCGGCAGUGCCAUGGCGGCGCCGCUGCGGGACCGGUUGAGUUUCCUGAGCCGGCUGCCGGUGCUGCUGCGAGGCACGGCGGACGACGACGUGCCCUGCCCCGGGUACCUGUUUGAGGAGAUCGCCAAGAUUUCCCAUGAGUCGCCUGGCAGCAGUCAGUGCUUACUGGAAUAUCUCCUCAACCGGCUGCAGAGCAACUCCUGCCACGUCAAGCUGAAGGUGCUGAAGAUCUUGCUGCACACAUGCACCCAGGGCUCCCCCCAGUUCAUCCUGCAGCUGAAGAGGAAUGCCUGCUUCAUCCGGGAGGCAGCAGUGUUCUCUGGGCCCCCAGAUCCCCUCCAUGGCAACAGCUUGAACCAGAAGGUCCGAGCCGCUGCACAGGACUUGGCCAGUGUCCUCUUUUCGGAUACUCCUCUCCCACAGCCUGCUGUGCUGCCUGCCCGUUCUCUGCCUCCCACGGGCAUGGGCUCUAGCCCCAACCCCUGCAGCUCCUUGCAAGGAUUUGGCUUCAGCAGUGAGAAAAGUGGCUCUGCAUCAACAGGUGAAGCCCUGCUCAGCACCAUCCAGCGAGCAGCCGAGGCCGUGGCCCAUGCUGUGCUCCCCUCCCCAGAGGGGGCCCAGCCUCACCACAGGGAGCUCCAUGAAGACACCUAUGAGCCCGUGCGAGCUCCUUCCCCUGCCAGGAGCCCACCGAGGGCUGUGAAGCCACCAGAGGCCACUGCAGCUCGCAGCACCCGAGUGAGGCACCAGCCAGGGCUGGCUGGGGGCGGCUGGGAGGAGGCAGACAGCGGGCACAGCUCCCAGGACUCCUCGCAGGGGAACGCUGAGCUGAGCCACACCUCAGACUCAUGCAGCAAGUCAGGCAGUGACAGCCACUCCGGGGCCAGCAGGGAGCUGACCCAAGGGGCUGAGAGAGUGGACACCGACAGCCUGGGUGACUGCGUGCGGGAGGUGAGCCUGGUGUCAGCGCUGACCCGCGGUGCCAGGGUCUUCCUCACCAGGGAGGAAGCUCAGCACUUUGUCAAGGAGUGUGGGCUGCUGAACUGUGAGGUGGUGCUGGAGCUGCUCAGCCGGGCCCUGGAGGACCCCACUGACAGCGUUCGCAUGAGGUCCAUGUGUGCUAUCUCCUCACUGAUGUGCUCUGACUUGCUCUCCCUGGAUCAGAUCUUCGCUGUGACUCGGCAGCACUUGCAGCAGCUCAGCCAAGGCAGCCCUGGCCCUGUUGCCAACCGAGCAACCAAGAUCCUGCGGCAGUUUGAGGCUCUCUGCAGGGGCCAACCCUCCCCGAAGAAACCAGAUCCCUCUGCCCUGGCUGUGGGCUCAGCCCCGUGCCCUGGGGACCUGCUGACAGAUGUACCAGCCCUGGCAGGAGAGGGCGUCCUCACCCUGCUGAGCCCAGCUCCGUUCCCUGUGCCUCCAUCGUUCUGCAGUGAGGAGCAAGGGCUGGAAGCAGAGACCCACAAGCAGCCCAGUGCUGUGGUGCCAGCCUGUCCCUGUGAGCAGGAGGUGGCGAGCAGGCUGUCAGGGGACACGUUGGGCACACCUGCACCUUCUCACAGCCUCUCCCUCUUCGCCGGUAUGGAGCUGGUGGCUCGUCCUGGCACGGUGCUCUGCACAGACUCUCCGCUAGAAGAGCCACGGACACUGUCCCAGCCGCAGGACAGACAGACAGACACAGAGGGCAGCCAACAGCUCUCAGCCUUUGCCUUUCUCAACAUGUAGCUGCUGUUGGGCUCCUGGGGGCUGCAGGGGCUUUGCUCUCCCUCACUCUGUGACUUGUUGUGCCAUGGUUCCUCUGCGGGAGGAGUCCCAGUCCCCACAGCUUCACCUGUAGGAGAGCAAACGGGAAGCUCCGUGCACCUGAAGGGAAGGAAGGGGAGUGCUGUGGGCCUGCCAAGGGGACUCGGGAUGCAGAAUGGCGGCAGGGGCCAGGGCUUUGAUAAGGUUGUAGUGUCUCUCUCAGUGGUUUUGCUGCUAACACUCCCGUUUCCUGGCAUCAGGAGCGUGGCAUAGCUGCUGGCACCCCUCACUCCCCAAGUCUAGGAGGGAGGCAGAGCUGAGGGGCAGUUUGGGGACUCCAGCAUGGAUUCCUGGGGCUACCUAUUGCCUCUGACCUCCCUCAGCUUCAGCAGGCACGGGGCUGAGGUGAGAGAAGUUAUCGCCUCCGUGGGGCUGGGACCCACCAAUAAACCCCGCACUUGGGUCUAGGA